AUGACUGAAGUGAAAAAAGAUGAUGUCAUUAAAAUUUUACAUACAUAUCCUCUUUGUAGAAAAUGCGAUAUGUCAGAUGAAAUGAAACAGGAAGCGAUGGAAUUGUGCGUCACUGCGGCAGAAAAAUAUGCGGAUAAUUAUGAAAGUGUUUCUCGAAUGAUUAAAGAGGCAAUGGAUAAAAAAUUUGGUGCAUCUUGGCACACAGUCGUGGGUGAAGGCUACGGAUUUGAGAUAACUUAUCAGUUAAAGCACCUAUUAUAUAUGUACUGUGCUGGAAAUUUAGCAAUAUGCAUAUGGAAAUCAGCAUAG